AUGGCCAUCUCCGUUCCGGUUACGGUGGCAGUGGGUGGACGAUGGCAAGAGAUUGAAGAUGCCAACCAUCGCCUGUCCCGUGACCUGGCCUUGGCAGAAGAAGAUGCCGUCAGCCAGAAGUUGGCCCUGGCCAAGGCCGAGGCUGCCUUGCAGAUGGCUGCUUCAAGAAACAACGGCCUUCGGGAGGCGCUUGAAGCAAAAGCCGCAGAAGCCGAGGCUUUCCGCGAGUCCCUGCUCCUAUCCGCGCAGGCCUUGGCUGAGGCCAGUGCUGCAGCCUCAAUAGCGAAUGAGGAGGUCUCUCAGCUGACAUCCUCGUGGUCUUCUUCCUCUUUCGAGUGCCAGCGCCUCCGACAGUCCCUGGAAGAGUCUGUGGCAGAGGCAUCAAGAACGAUGACCCAGCUUGCAGCAAAACAGCAAGACCUGUCCCUGGAGUCCAGCCAGAAGGCCGAGAUGGCUGCCAAGAACCUCCACCUAGAGUCGGAGCUGGCAAUGCUGCAGUCCCGGUACAGCAAUCAAGGAACGCAUGUGCAGCUGCUCCUUCGAGAGAAGGGGGGCGGCGUUAUGGGGGGGGCAAUCGUGGCCAGUGACGGAAGCCAUCCUACGAGCGGCCAACUCCACACAGCUACAGCAGAUCCGGCGGAUGAUGCACCCAGCGCGCAGACCGGGAGAGGUUGUCCGCUGGAGCACAUUCCAGCUGGGACACACAUGGGAUCUGUACGGACACAUGGCCAGAGCCAUGAUGGGGGCACGGAUAUGUUGCAGUGGAAGAACCUCAAGUGGUGGGAAGCAGAAAAAGCAAAGCCCAAGCACAUCAAAGAGCAGCAUGCACGCAGAUACAACUCGCAGGUUGACACAGAGAGGCAACUGGUCAAGGUGGCGACGAGCGACUGGAUGCAGGUGGCCCAAAGCCCGGUGGUGUGGAACAGCCUACAGGGGGCAUUUAUCAAGCAAUAUGACCCACCCUGGGCCACGGGCAAACAAGGGGGGACCUCGCCGCGGCAGAACACGCCCAGAGCCACCAACACAAGAACGGGGGCGGGGCCACUGCCCGCAGCCACGGAAACAGUCCCGGCGGGGGCAGAAGCCGUGCAGACGCUGAAUGCAGAGCAUGCCGACGCAGUGACACCACCCGCAGCUCACGAGACGACCCACACAGCAGAGUUCACGGAAGAGGAGGACAGCACGGACAACACACAGCGACGCCGCGGCACGACAGAGGACAGCGGGGGCCAGGCAGCCACGCAGCAGCCGGACCCACCCAACACGAACAGGUCAGAGAGAACCCUUCACGCCAGGACGCAGGCACCGCCACAGCAGACCACAAGCCCCGACCGCGGACGGCCGACGGCGGCCACCAGACACGGCACGGCAACACAGAUCCCCACGCUCCACAUAGCCACGCAGAGCAGCACAACGCCUGGGGGCAGCUCCAGCACAGCCCCAUACCAACAGGGGCAACCGCAAGCAGCGGCAGCACAAGACCACAAGGGGGACCCAGAGGUGCCACAGUUGGAGGAAGCAGGCGGACAGGGGGAGGGCAGCCCCCGCAAGCCAUACCACGAAGGGGGCGGCGAUCAGCGGAUGCGGGGGAAGCGCUACAAAGCGGCAGUGCAGAUGGCCUACAAGCAAAGGGGGUGGCAAAAGGCAGACAACGAGCAGUGGAGGGACUUGGGCCCGGCCGUGGGGCUUUACGAGGAAGAUGACGAAGAGGAAGAUCCAGAGCCUAACGCGGUUCUGGACGGCAACAUCAACACUCUCCUGGUCAGCGCAGGCAGGGGACCACCACCGCUCACAGCACCACCGGAGAUCCCAAUAGCAGAGGGAGUCCACCUGCACCUCAGAGCCUGCCCAUUCGGGGUGUGGGCGGGGGUCACCAUGGCAAGAGGAGCACACAACCACCCCAUGUACGAACAGCGAGCCAGGGCCUACACCAGGGCGAGACAGCAGCUGCUGGACGGGGGGGAGACGCCAUCGGCCUAUGUGGGCCGUAACACGGCCUUUGCUCUACUACCGUGGGGGCAAAUCACCGAUGGGGCACCAGACAAAUGGCUUAUGAUAGUCACGGCCCUGGGGCGCCAAGUCGACGACGAAGCGGCCCAUAUGCAGCCGGGGGACAUGUACCUGCUAGAGUGGAACCCACGCACCCAACGCUGGCACCGGGGGCGCCUGCCGCGGAAGGUGGGCAUUCAGUACUACUACGACUGGAGCCGACAGAGGGGGACGAACCCCAUCCGCCACCCACCGCCGACGGGGCAGACCCACCCAAUCGGGCAGUGGGAGCAGAUGGCCAUAGACCUGAUACCGAGGCCAGGCCUGGCUACGUGGGAAGGAGAGGGGGACACAGCACCAGCAGCCCGCCACCGAACACAGCCGGCAGCCACGCAGCUAGACAGCAGCCAAGUAGAUGUAGGUAGCAUGAGCCAUGGCGGCGGCAACGGCGCAGCCUCCUCGGGAGCCACUUCGUCGGGGGAACACCCAAGUGAACUGCCGGAGCUGCCGCAAGAGGUGGCCAGAGUCCGGCGAUGGCUGCGCGAGUUGGCUGCAGUGACGCUGCAGCUUGGCCUUCCCAUGGCAAUGGGGGACGCGGUGGAGCAAGCCCUCCUGGCCAAGCUGGGGGGAACAGAGGAGCCGAGACACGUCAAGCGCAGACGGGGGACCAACCCAGUCAGUGAAGCGAGAAGAGCCAUAGGGCACCUGUGGCAACACGGGGACGACGAGCCCAACCAACACCAGCUGUACGCCGACCUCGUGACGAUCAGGGACUACCUCAACCAGGGGGAGAACCAGUACAGGACGGCCUCGGCAGGGCAAGGGGGACAACAAAUCCUCAGCGCUGCCGGGGGACUCGCGCAAGCCAGCCAAGCCGUUUAUGCGGCGAUGGGGGCAACCACUGCAGGCGACUACGACUGGUUCGUUCCGGGCUGGGGACAAGUGGUCUCGGCACUUCUGGAAGAAGCGGAAAGGGGACUGCGCGAGAUGCACAUGGCCGGCUACACCCACUCAGCGAGCGUCCUGGCUCUUAGUGAAGGAGCGGAGGAGGCACCUACUCGGCCCACGGACCUCAAGGCAAGACUGGAAGCAGUACUGGGGGACAUCAGGGAGGGCAUAGGCUUCCUCACUGGGGGUCACAACGAAGUCCGAGGCUUGCUCGCCAUCUUUACUGGGUGGCAGCAUGCUGCGGGGGCAGUGGCAACCACAGUGGACACGCAAGAGACAGAAGAAGGGGGCAGCCAAGCCAACGGCCUCUUCCAAGGAGGCUACGAAGUCACAGACGCGGGGCUGCAACCGAAGUGGCGGCCGAGACUAGGCAUGGAGCAAUGGCCGGGGAGCAUCCCCAGUUCGGGGGACGAUGAAGAAGAAGACCAACCUGAUCCCUACCUGGAGGAGCCUACCGAUGAUGACCUCAUCCAAGCCAUGGAGGAGUUUGAGAGAGAACAGGGGGAAGCCAUGGCGGCGGUGGCACAAGCGCAAGCGAGCCCCACAGACGACCCAACGGCAAGAAGCACUGAGAGAGGGAGUGAAUCGGGGGAGCACCGGCGUAGACGAAUGCAUGCAGCUUUUCAUGGGGGACCGUAG